AUGACCGAGUCACCUCUCUCAACACCCAAGCGAAAGCGGAGCGAAAUGCUCAAUGAUGGGCUGUCCAAACUAGACACUAGCACCCAUUUCACCUUCGACGUUAGUUCUGCUCCGGACGACGACAAUGCCAGCCCGAGGACUUGUGUAGCACAGAGGUUCCGGGGUCUUCAGCUAGGAGGUGGGGGCGGGGAUGGAUCUGCAUCAGACGUGUCUGCAGUCGGUAACGACGACGACGGAUCACGAAAACGAGUCAAGCUCCCCGAUGUCGAGAUGCUUGACUUCGAUACCGAUGCCGCCGCGGUAAAGGUCUACCCCGGCGUCCCUCCAUCCACCCGGCAAACCCAGUUUGUCCACGACGAAGGCACCCCCAGCAAGUUGCACAAAUCUGUCCGCAUCGUCCUCAAUGAUUCCGCCGAGCCACCCGAGGCACCAUCCGACACCAGCGCCGACGACAAUGGCAGCACCGUGACCCCAUCCCUUCCCCUUCCGAGCCCACCGCUGUCGUCACACCCUCAAUUACCAGCCCGCAACCGCACCUCCAAACGAGCCGGCACACCCCCUUUCCCAACCUCAACAGCCAAGACCAAAACCAAACCGCCAACCACCUCCGCAAAACCAACCAUAACCGACCCUCUGCGCGCCUCGCUAACAUGGCACGACGACGAAAUCACAAUCUAUGACCCAGACGACUCAGACGACGACGGCACCGGCAUCAACGGGAUCGGGUUCAAGCCGACGCCAGCAACCGCGUACGCGCGCACCGUUCGGCGCCGCCAACAGCUGGCCGAGUACAAGAAGCGCGAGGAGAAGGAGGCGCGGGCGAAGCGCAGCCUGCGCCGGCGCGGCGGCAGCCCUGCCCCCCGGAUCCUGGAGAUCGCAGGGACGAAUAAGACCAAGGGGAAGGGGGAGCCGCAGAGACGGGUGCGGUUUCUGGAUAGGGAGGGGGUCGGUCAGGAGUUAAUUGGCGUUUGA